UGAAAACUUGGAUUGUGUUCCUGCUCUUUGCCUUUGCGGUUGGGCGCAAUGCGAUGCCAAUUGAUUCCCCUGUGGAAGAGGAUGAUAAAGGCCUAACAGAGGACACUCUCUCAUCUGAAAUUUUGGAUGAUUCAAGCAACUCUUCUGUCAAUCCAUCAACCCCAGAGGAUGAUCCCUCAGGAAACAACGAGGAAUCUCAAGAAGAUGAACCCACAACAAUAGACGAAGAAGAUGACUCUUCAGAAGAUGACUCUUCAGAAGAUGACUCUUCAGAAGAUGAACCCUCAUCAAUCGACGAAGGAUCUUCAGAAGAUCAACCUUUGUCACAGUUUAAUACCUUGACACAAGGAGAAAACAUCCAAGACGUGGAUCUCUCUACAAUCGGUGAGGACUCUCCAGUAGAUGAUCUCCCAACAUGAGGCGACGACGGGUCAACAGAUGAGUAUGUCUCUGAGGAUGUAAAGCUCACUCAUGUCCCAUUCAAAAACUUGAAGACGCCCUUAUCUGUUACUAGAAAUGUUUUAGGGCAUUGUCUCUCUUUUCGUCUGUGUGCUACUGCUGUGUCUUAUUUCAGUUUUUUUCAGGGUUAACUUUGGGAUUUUUAGUUCUACAAAGGUAGUCCACUUCUCAGUUAUAUCACCAUAAUAACUUAUGCUGCACACCUAACUUGCUUUGGAGCUGGUAAUUCUUUUUAUUUCAUAUAGAUAACAUCUUUCAGCAGAGACCAAGCGCUAAGGUUGUGUUUAUAAGGUCAAGUUAAAGCUGUUAAGUGUUAGAGUUUUCCAUUUCUUCGUUUGCUUGUUAAGUUAGUUUGAUCUACCUAGCCUGGGGAUGGAGGAAU